GUAAUUUCAGAAAGAGCAAAAAAGCCUAAUUUUCUUAAUUUGCCAGGUUCAGGUUCUCCUUUUAAUAGUUUUUGAGAAAAUUAUAUAUGAGUGCAACCUAGUAUCUCGUUUACUUGUUUAAAGGUUGUGGUCUAGAUAACAUUUCAGACUCUUUGGUUUUUGGGGAAAACUGUAUAAUGAAACUAAUACUGUUAGUUUUGUGUUUAGUGGAAUAUAUUUUUGUUGUUAACAGUGCGGCAAUACCUUCGUACAUCACACCAUGCCACAAAUCAGAUCCAAACUUCCGCAAAUGCUGCAUCGAAAAUGGCAACAAGGCUCUUCCACAUUUAAUGAACGGAGAUAAAUCUAUUAAAUUACCAGUUUUAUCUCCAUUUAAAUUGGACAAAGUAGAAGUUAAUUCCGGACCAAACCUGAAAAUUACUUUAACCGAUAUCUCUUUAUACGGCUUUGACACUUCUACUUUAAAAGAUCUCCUAUUUGAUUUUGACAAUAAAAUAAUUGAAAUUACCAUGCACAGUGAUAUGGUUCAGCUGAUUGGCACCUACGACAUUAAAGGUAAAAUCUUGGUUUUGCCCAUCACUGGAAAUGGCCCAGCCAAUAUUACCAUACAUGAUGGCAUAUUCAAAUAUAAAGUCAGUUAUAAAAUGGAAAAGAGAGGUGGUUUUGACUAUGUUAAACUGGAUCAGAAAAAUGACAAAUUGGACUUUACUAUUACCGAAGCCUACUUCCAAUUGGACAAUUUGUUUGAGGGCAAUAAAGCCAUGGGUGAUAACGUAAAUAAGUUUUUGAAUGCGAACCAACAAGAUGUACUUAAAGAGGUGGGAGGAGCGAUCUCAGGAACAGUUCGAGCCAUUGCUUACACUGUAGGAAAUGCUGUGCUUAGUAAUAUUCCCUAUGAUCAGUUAUUUUUAGACUAGAGUGUAUACACAUUGUGAUAAAUGUUGUAUUUUGUCAGAAUAUAAUAAAUACUUUUUUUAAUAA